ACGACGCUAUUUUGAUUUCAAUCGCAUAUUAUUAUCCUCGUGUAUUUUGUAUGAAAAAAUACUGUGAAUUUUAGUUUAGUGCUGCUAAUAUAUAACUUAAUUUCUGUUAUUGUUACUGUUGUAAUCUAACCAUAAAAUGACUGGGAGAGCUAAAAAGGCUGUUGCAGCGCCGAAGAAAAAGGCUAAUGGAUAUAAAAUGCCAGCUCCUAUUACUACUGGCGAAAUAAUACAUGAUACUACCAUGAAGAAGAAAUGGCGCAUUGGACCUUCCAUAGGUGUUGGGGGCUUCGGAGAAAUUUAUUCUGCAUGUGAUCAUGACAGUACGCCGAAAGGUUCCAACUAUCCUUUUGUCGUUAAAAUUGAACCUCAUGAAAAUGGACCAUUGUUUGUGGAGAAACAUUUCUACAUCAGAAAUGCCAAAAUGGAGGACAUAACCUCAUUCAUGAAAAGCAAGAAACUCUCAAGCCUCGGGAUGCCCUCAUACUACGGCAGUGGUUCACACGACUACAAGGGAGAGAAAUACCGAUAUUUGGUGCUGGAGCGCUAUGGAAAAGACCUGUGGAGUCUGUUCACUGACAGCGGGAGGUCUUUCCCGGCACCAACUGUAUUUCAAAUUGGUUUGCAGAUGUUGGACGUAUUAGAGUACAUCCACAGCCGCGGCUACGUGCACGCUGACAUCAAAGGCGCCAACAUCCUGCUAGGGCUGAAGAAAGGCACGGAGAACCAGGCCUACUUAGUGGACUUCGGUCUGGCCGCCAGAGUCAAUGAUAAGGAGUUCAAGCCUGACCCGAAGUAUGCGCAUAAUGGAACUAUAGAGUACACUAGCAGGGAUGCGCAUUUGGGAGUGGCCACAAUGCGCGGCGACCUAGAGAUCCUCGGCUACAACAUGCUGCAGUGGCUGGUCGGAACCCUGCCCUGGGAGAAGUUGAAGCAGCCCAAGGCUGUUCAGGAGAUGAAGGAGGCCUUCAUGAAGAGUGUGAAGACGAGCGUCGCUAAGAUGAGCGGCAAUGUGCCUGAUGCCCUAAUAAAAUUCUUCGAAUACAUAAACACGUUGAAAGCCAAAGAUGUGCCAGACUACGUGAAAUGCCGCCAAAUCUUCGAGACCUACCUCAAAAGCCAGGGCGUCACCAGGAACAGCAAACUCGCAUUCACGCCCACUAAGAAAACCAAAACUUCUAAAACCAUCACCGUUGAUGAUGAAAGUGAUGAGGAACCUUUGAAAAAAUCGCCAAAGAAGAAAACAGAUAAAGUGGUUAGAAGAAGGAAUCCCAAAGCUAAGCAACCUAGCCCUGAAGAAAACGGAGAAAACGAGGAACCCAAGGAAUCAGAAAAGAAAAAGAAAGCUAAGAGAAAGUCAUCAGAACCCUCUGUUCUCGUCAAAGUUAAAAAACCUAAAUUAGCUCCUAAGGCCACACCGCCCGUUAAGAAAAAUCACACAAAUAUAGCGACGCAAACGUCUAUAGAGAAACGACGUAGUCCCCGUGUGGUUUCCUUCGACAGUCCUAUAAGUUUAGAAAUGGGAGAAAAGAUACCUUUGAAGAGAUCUAAAGAGAAUGAGCCUAAGAAUACUAGCGCUGAUAUGUUCGAGGAUUCUUUUGAGAAGAAAAAGUCUAAGAGGAAAGAGAAAAUACUUGUGUCUGAUGAGGAGUAUACGGAAAAGAGAGUGGUGAAGAAGAAAGUGACAAUAGUGAAGCCAAAAGGGAGGUCGUGGAAAGAUGCCCCGACUGUUAUGAACGGGCGGUCGCCACCCAAGUAGUAUAAUCAUCCACAGACUGAGUGACUGAAAUGAGCUGUAAGCUAUUCCUUUUUACAAUUAACCUUUCGAGACCGAGACCCGUCAGCUCCCUGGGUAACUAUAUGCUAUAUGUAACCUAUUAUAUUAGUGUCGCCAUAGUGUAUGUUAUUGUAUGUUGCCAUAUUAGUCCGGGUCUCGAAAGGUUAACCUUUCAUAUGGGUGUGAUGAUCAAAAAUCGUGAAUUCAAACCUCGGUUAUUCUGUAUAGAACAGAAUAGUAGAUUUUGUUACAAUGGAGCAAAAUGACAUAUUUACGGCGAGGGCGUACAUUGAAUCAUAAACGAAGCGAAGGAUUCUAUAAUAGAAUCCCGAGAUUAACGAGGGAUUCUAAAGUAGAAUCCUGAGCGUAGUGAGGGAUUUAAGUGUGUUACUCCCAAGAUGGAAAUAAUAUUGCUACCAUGUGACACAUACUGCUUUUCACAUCACCUAUUAUUAUAAUAUACACGGUGGCUAAAAAACAAGUGCAUUCCCGUUGCCAAGGAGGUUUUGGGAUUAUAAUGAGCAACUUUUACUAUGGGACCAACCCCGAAAUCGCGAAAAAAAAUUUGGCUGUUUCAUACAUUUUGGCAGGUCCAUUUUCUAUGGGAGGGUAAAUUUUUUUUCGCGAUUUUGUGGUUGAUACCAUAGUAAAAGUUGCUCAGUAUAAUCCCAAAACCUCCCUGGCAACGGGAAUGCACUUAUUUUUCAGCCACCCUGUGUAUUCAAUUAAUAUGUGCAAAAAAAAAAUUGUGUCCUAGAACAGAAGAGUGUUACUUUGAUCCCUCCUAGCAGGGAAGAAAAGUGCCACUUUGAUCCCUCCUAGCAGGGAAGAAAGCCUUUUUCGAAUUGGUGAUGUGAAGAAAUUAUUAUCGAAAAUAAAAUUAAAUGGUGACUAAAAUUUCGGCCAGCAUCUUUAUUAAACAAAUACAAGUACUUAUUAGUACUUACUUUCGAAUAUAUCCAACUCUGAAUACGCGCAGUAUUCGUCAGACAUUUGCUGCUGUUGAGGAUCCUUAUCUCAUAAAGAAAUUCGACCUAAAUUACGUGAGUACCCGUUAUAAAUAUAUUUCACAUGACGGAGGGUUUUUAUCGUAGAAUAAGUUAUUUGUGACGUUUUCAACCAAAAUGUGCCACCAUUGUCGGUUGUCGAUCAGGUUGAUUUCUAAUUGAAGCUAUUUGGAAACAGCGCCUUACUGACAAGCGACAAUAAGUACCCUUUUGGUUGAAAAUGGCACAAUUAUUCGUGUCCUUUUUGUGAAUCUUUGCAAGAAAUAGCGGUACAACAAACAGUCUUUCAGUUUGUCGAUACUUUUUAUUAUUAAUACCAAUCAGAAGCUCACAAAUAUCAAUCAUAAUUAUCGAGAUUAAAAUCUUACAUAGAUUUAAUAUAUCACAAAUCAUACUACCACUACUUGUACUUAUAAUAAUUCCGUCUAAUGUAAGUCUACAAAAUCUGAUUUUACAAAAACAAGGACAUACUUAUAUAUAGACCGCGGGCCAGGAACAGAUUUCCAUGACCAAUCGCCUCCCGUAGCGCCCACCAACGGAGCGGCAGCUGACGUUCACGAGGGUUCAUCAUACAUAGCCGUUAACCGCUAAACGAGUUUUCGCCCGGGAGGCGAUGUCUGACGAAAUUUGCUCCUGGCUCGCGGUCUAUUAUGUCUUUAAAAGCAUUUAAAAAUCAUAAGAUGUACUUCUUAAUGUGACAAGAAAUCAGUAGAUACAGUCGCCAUUAGAUACAUCGGAGCGGCCAAAGUGCUCAAAACGUGCAUGCUUAAAAACUGCUAAGACUUGCCGUUGAACUUAAAGCUAAAUUAUCAUGCCAAAUAAUGUCUUAGCUUUAUCAGAAGUUUUUUUUUCUCAUAUUGCAUGUUUAGAUAUUUGUGAGCACCUUGGCCGCUCUGGCGCGACUGUCAAACACGAGUAGAUUAUUCCGAUUGCCAUUAUUAUAUAUGAUUAUAUAUUAUUCCUGUCUUAUUAACUUAUUACUUUAUAAAAUAUUAAGCUUUUAAUCGUUAUGAAAUGAUUGUUACAUAAUUGUCAUGAUCAAGUUGUGUUUUUGUAUUCCUCGAGCAAUGGAAAUGAUUCUUAUAAUAAUUGUUGCAUAAAUCAUUUGUUAGGUAACGUUUCUAUGAUUCACUGUUAAAUGAAAUUGAAUGUUAGUUUUUAAUCAAUAAAUAAAUUUCAGCCUUUUUUGCACAUUUAUGUGUUGUGUGUGAGGUAUAAAAGGUUAAACUGUGUGUUUGUAUGUAUACGAUCGAGACUGA